GAAAGGAAACUGAAACUGAUCUGCUGUUGAGCUGUUGUUUGUGUGUCUGUAUUGCUGUAGACAGUGAAAUGGCUGAAGCCAGUGUUUUUUCAGUUGAGCAGUUCAGCUGUCCAGUGUGUCUGGAUCUCCUGAAGGAUCCUGUGACUAUACAUUGUGGACACAGUUACUGUAUGAGCUGCAUUACAGACUGCUGGGAUCAAGAGGAUCAGAAGAGAGUCUACAGCUGCCCUCAGUGCAGACAGACCUUCAGUCCAAGACCUGCUUUAGGAAAAAACACCAUGCUGGCUGAAGUGGUGGAGAAACUGAAGAAGACCAAACUAAAAGCUGCUGUUCCUGCUGGACCUGGAGACGUGGAGUGUGACAUCUGUACUGGAAGAAAACACAAAGCUGUCAAGUUCUGUCUGGUGUGUCUGGAGUCUUACUGUCAAACUCACUUUGAGCGUCAUGAAGAGUUUCACUCAGGAAAGAGACACAAAGUGAUUGAUGCCAUUGGACGACUGCAGCAGAUGAUCUGCCAGAAACAUGAGAAGCUUCUGGAGGUUUUCUGUCGUACUGACCAGCAAUGUGUUUGCAUGCUGUGUGCAAUAGAUGAACAUAAAAACCAUGAGACUGUAUCAACUGCAGCAGAGAGGACAGAGAAAGAGAAACACUUGAAGGAGACACAGAGUGAAAUCCAGCAGAGAAUCCAGCAGAGACAGAAAGAUCUUGAGCAGCUGAGAGAGGCUGUGGAGUCUCAUAAGCGCUCUGCACAGACAGCAGUGGAGGACAGUGAGAGGAUCUUUACUGAGCUCAUCCGCUCCAUUGAGAGAAGCCGCUCUGAGGUGACACAGCGGAUCAGAGAUCAGGAGAAGACUGCAGUGAGUCGAGCUGAAGGACAAAUGGAGCGACUGGAGCAGGAGAUUGAAGAUCUGAAGAAGAGAAACACUGAGCUGGAGCAGCUUUCACACACAGAAGAUCACAUCCAUUUCCUGCAGAGUCUUCAGUGUCUCUCAGCUCCUCCUGAAUCUACAGAAAACAUCUCUGUCAGUUUCCUCUUUUCUUUUGAUGGUGUGAGAGAAUCUGUCUGUCAGCUGAGACUCAAACUGGAGGAUUUCUGCAAAGAGGAGAUGAAAAAGAUAUCUGUCACUCACAGUAACAUUGUUCCCAGAACCAGAGAGGACUUCCUACAAUAUUCGCAUCAGUUCACUCUGGAUCCAAACACUGCACAUAAACACCUCUCUCUGUCUGAAGAGAACAGAGUAGUGACUUACACUCACACACCUCAGCCGUAUCCUGAUCAUCCAGACAGAUUUGAUCGUUAUUAUCAGGUGUUGUGUAGAGAGAGUGUGAGUGGACGCUGUUACUGGGAGCUUGAGUGGAGUGGGAGUGAUGUGUAUAUAGUGUCAUAUAAGAGCAUCAGCAGGAAGGGAUCUGGUUGUGAGUGUCUGUUUGGAUAUAAUGAUCAGUCCUGGAGACUGUCCUGCUCUCCCUCUAGUUUCUCAUUCCGACACAAUAACAAAGAGACUGAACUCCCUGUUUCCUCCAGCUGCAGGAGAAUAGGAGUGUAUGUGGAUCACAGAGCAGGAACUCUGUCCUUCUACAGCGUCUCUGACACAAUGAACCUCAUCCACACAGUCCAGACCACAUUCACUCAGACGCUCUAUCCUGGGUUUUAUGUUUGGGGUCGUCAAUCAUCAGCAAAACUAUUAUAACGAUCUAGAUUAUAGAAAGAUCUACACAUUGUACUGUUAUAUGGUAAAUCUGAAUAUUUAUAUUUUAUGUGUAUUCAUUCACCAUGAAUUUUUAUCCAAAGUAGCUCACAAAAGAGAAACAGUGAAAUACUGUAGGUCUUUUAUUUUCUAAUCUUUAAAGGGGUCAUGACAUGAGAAAUCAAAUUUGCAUCUUUUGGCAUAUAAGAGAUCUUCGUAUCAUUAAAACACCCUGCAAGUUU